UUAAUUUGUAUUUAAAUUUAAUUAAACAUUUAUUAAGAAUAAAAUGUCUGACACUGAGUUGUUCUCUGUACUGGAAGGAGCCAGCACUAGGAGUGAUUUACUGGAUGUGUUGGGAGAAUUCACAGACGCUAAUGAUCCCCGACUAUUGCUCUCUCUUGCUAAAAAGUGUCAAGAGCAUUCAAUGUACAGAGAAUCUGAGGCUCUACACGAGAGGGCAUUAGAAAAGGCACCACUAGCUCCUGCCAUUAAAGAGUCUUUGCGCCAUUUGUAUCUCAGUAUGGUCGACCGAUGGCAUUAUUUGAUGCUAAAUGAUAUACAGCGUAACUCAAAUUAUUUUAAAGCUAUUUUGAGCACCGUAAGAUCAAUGGAGUCCUCGUCCACCACAGUGCUGGACAUAGGGGCAGGGUCUGGUAUAUUGAGUUUGAUGGCAGUCAGAGCCGGAGCAGUGAAAGUGUUUGCUUGUGAAUUGAGUGAUGUUAUGUGUGAGCUAUGUCAAGAUGUGAUCAGUGCUAAUGAUAUGUCGGAUCAAAUUGAAGUGAUUCAUUCCGUAUCAACAGAACUGACUCAACUACCUGAAAGAGUAUCCCUUAUAAUAACCGAGACGGUGGAUGCUGGUUUAUUAGGUGAACUGAUAGUACCUUCUUUGAGACAUGCUUGGACCACAUUCCUUCAGCCGAAUCUCACCAAUGGUCACAUGAUAGUACCUCAUGUGAUACCUUGUGGGGCUACAGUGUACGUCUGCCCAGUUGAAUGCAGUGAAAUACGGAAACAAUCAAAGUUGCUCAAUCCUCAGCUCCUCCCUCUCACCCAUCCUAUUCAAAUUACUGGUAGUUGUAAGUUCAAUGAUACUCAUUCAUCCUUGGUCCAAGAGCCUUACUCCUGUGAGAGACUCUCGGCCAUUAGAGGCUCCUUCAAGUACCUGUCAUCUCCUCAAGUUGCUCUCUCCUUCAAUUUUGCUGACCCAGCGGUACCACUUCCCCCUCCUAACAACCUGUCCUUUCCCAUACUUCAUGAAGGAAGGAUGGACUGCCUAGUAAGUUGGUUCACACUCCAUCUUGACAGAAACCAUCACAUCUCAACUUCGCCCUCGUCCUCCACCUCAUGGGAACAAGCAAUAUUCCCUUUUAAUGAGACUCAAGAAGAGUACUUGCUCUUGUCCAAAGGCUAUACACUACCAGUCCUGGCUAGUUGUACUGAUACUGAACUCGUGUUAAGGAUAAAUCAGGAAUCAAGUAAAGAAGAUGAUACUGAUACUGAUAUCAAUGCUCAUAGUGUUGCUGCUCCUCUUGGCAGUGAUGUUGUCUCACGUUAUUACGUUGAGAGGAGUGAGCUCUUACGUCUUAAUGAUGAAGGGUAUAUAAAUAGAGUAAUGAGUGCAUUGAGAUCCUUUCAAGAAGAGGAGGAGGAGGAGCUAGAGGAGGAGGAGGGAGAGGGUGUUACUGUACUAGAUAUUACUGACCUACCAUUGAUUUCAUUGUUAAUGGUUAAAGCAGACAAUAAAACUGGAGGGAACUCACCAGCUGCUGCACUUAAAGAUAGUCCAAUCUCUACAAACUCAAUGGUUGGCAUGGAGUAUGUGCUACUAGGCAGUACUAGGCCUUAUUAUGAAGAGCUGGUACAACAGGUGAUAGAAUCUAAUGGCAUUAGAGACAAGGUCUCGCUAAUGUCAAUUUCUGAGGCUCAUACUCUUGCCAAUGGCGAUCUGUGGGACAUUAUCUACUGUGAACUGAUAACACCUCAAGGGACAUUGAACACUCAUUCAAUACAGCUACUGAGAUUAAUCAGGCCAGAUCAAUCCCAGUUGUUAUGUCAUACGGUACAGUUACAUGUUGUGGGUGUGGCUAGUCCGGCAUUGCGAGCUCAUUCAUGUGUCUUGGGGACUGUCCCUACAUUAGGGUUUGAUAUAGCUAGUUAUAUCAAUAAAUAUCAAGUUAGUCAUUAUACAGAUAUUAAUCUGGAAACAUUUCCUCAUGAAACUGUUACUAAAAAUAGUAACGUAUCGCUAUCACUAUCAAACUAUUGUGAUAUUGAAGUGGAUCUGUCUAUAGAUGUUAUAAAAACUGAGUCCAUUACUGGUUUCUGUUACUGGUUCACUCUUUGCUACCAUGACAACCAGUCCUUGUGUACAGGUCCUCACUCGUACGAAGGAAGUCAUUGGCAUCAAGCGGCUUUUCUAUUAAAAGAAGAUGUGUCUGUAUCGGAAGGUCAGACCCUACCUGUCCAUGUUUCAGUGCAAGAUGGAGCGCUUGACAUUAGACUAGUAGAAUGAGUGGUGUUUGGGACAAGCAAAAUUUUGUAGUAAUUUUUUUAAUUUUGAUUUCAGGUAGUCACUAUAGUCAUUAUUAUUGUCAUUGUGCCAAUUACUCAUUCACUAUCUGAGUUUGUUGCCAGAAAUACUGGAAGCACGGCACAUUUCUAAAGGCAGCAGUACUAUAAUGACUAUGAUAAGGAUUGAUGCUCUCUUUUUUUUUGUUCUCUUGGUCUGUUCUGUCACUGGAAAGCCAAUUAGUCCUGAUUUUGGCUACAAUCUUACAGCCCAAGGGGGAUGUGGCACUGCAAAAUUUGUUUAUUUUGAACACUUAAAUAGAGCAACUUUGUUAAAGGCUCAAGAAAAUUUAUGCCUCAAUAUUCCAAAGGCAAUAGAAGCAGUUGAUAAAGAUCCAGAGCGGUACAAGAAAUGGUUUGGCGAGUAUUCAAAAAGUCGCAGUGAUGUUGUGAAGGAGAAUUUCCAGAAGUUAUAUGAUGGCUUGGCUAAGUCUACUCUUAUUUAUCAGAAUGCAGGUCCAUUGUGUGACUAUACUGGAAUGACGGGACACACUUUUGGACCGUGGGUAGGCAUAAUGUAUACUUGUCCACUCCUUUAUUCUAUACCAACACUCUGUUUGGGAUCAGAUCAGAAGUCAAUUGAAGGCACUCUGCUUCGUGAAUGGAUGUUUAAUUUUGCUUACACUUAUCCUGGUGGCUAUGGAGCUAUAGAAGCUAAAAGGAGAGCUGAAAAGGAGCCAGAUAAAGUCAUUCAUAUUGGAGAUAAUUAUGAAUACUUUUACUGCAAGACUCCCUGAGUAGAGUCAAGAGUUCAAAGGAUGGAGGAAUAUAAGGACAUUAUACAAUAACAUUUCUUUCUAAAAUAUAUUUACUGAAUAUUAUUGUGAUGUUCUCAAUAAUAUAAAAAAUGUGUUAUUCUUUCACACUAUUAUCAGUAGUACUAUAAUGAGUUAAUCUGCCAAA